AUGGACAAAACCAUUUUGUCUAGUGCAUCAGUGUUUGGGUUGCGGGAAGACACUGUGAGCAUCCCCGCCACAUCCGUGGCAUGGCUGUGCAAAAGCUGCUGGGUCUCCAGCGUCUUCUACUUCGGAUAUCUAUUAUGGGCCUUUCCCACGUCCAUCCUAAUUCAAAAGCUGCCCGUGGGCAAGUAUGUAUCUGUGAAUGCGUUUUUCUGGGGCGCCAUUGUCGGCUUAACCGCUGCAUGCACAAACUUCGGCGGACUAAUCACCGUCCGGUUCCUACUGGGAGUCGUAGAGGCAACAAUCUCCCCGGCAUUCGUCUACAUUACUGCAAUGUGGUGGACGCGUGAGGAGAUCCCUGGGCGAUGUGGAGUAUGGUUUUUAGGCAACUCUCUCGGCGGGAUGCUAUCGAAUUUUCUGGCUUAUGGCAUCGGGCAUAUUAAGGAGCCACUUGCGCCGUGGCACUGGUUAUUCAUUGUCCUAGGAGUGGGCACCUUUCUUUGGGGGUUUGUUUUGUUGCUCCUCCUCCCGGACACAAUUGCAUCCUGUAGUUUUCUGAAUCAAAGAGAAAAAGUCCAUGCGGAGGAGCGAGUGGCUUUCGCUGGCACGGGGAAGACCCGACACGAGUGGAAGUUGGAUCAAGUGAUUGAAUGCCUCAUGGACCCCAAAACUUACCUAUUUCUUAGUAUUUCGAUCUUGACUCAGAUACCCAAUGGUGGAACUCAGAACUUCGGCAAUCUCGUCCUUUUCACCCCCCUAGAAACCACUCUAAUUAUCACGCCAGCAUCUAUUAUAUCCAUUUCUACAGUUCUAAUAACUGGCUGGCUCUCCGGGAAAUACCAUAAUGUGGCAACGUAUCUCAUCUGUGGAAUCGUUGCGUUUCCUGUUGCCGGGAGCGCGAUUAUAUACUCAAGCGUCAGCAAAGGCGUCAAGUUAUUUGGAUACUAUCUCAUGUCACCAGGGCCCGCGGCACUGCCCCUUGCCAUGUCUCUUUUAGCAGUCAACUAUAAGGGCUCAACCAAGAUGAUGACCAUGACGUCUAUUUUAUUCAUAGCUUAUUGUGCGGGAAAUAUCGCCGGUCCCCAAUUCUUCAUAUCAAGAGAGGCUCCCCAUUACCCAACAGCAUUCCGUGCUAUCCUCAUUUGCUACUCAAUGGUUGUGGUAAUCUCACUUAUCCUCAGGUUUUAUCUGAAAUGGAUGAAUACGACGCGUGAUGAAAAAGAGCAACAGGAGAAGGUACUCAUUAGGGGCCCACAGUUCACAGACGCUGCAACAAAAUCUAAAAGUUACCGCCACAAAUCCAUGCUCAUCAACUAG